AUGCUGGGGCUGCUGCUGCUGCUGCAGGUUUUGGCAAGCUGCCUCUGGCUGGGACACAGCGAGGUGGUGAAGAAUUUUAUAAAUCCAUGUGUUCGGUUUUUCUAUGCUCAGACCCCCCCAAGUGGUGGCAUUCGUCCAACCAAUGCAUCCAGGAUCUGCCAGGUCUAUAAAAACAAAUAUCGUUUUGUCACCCUGUAUGACAGAAACAACAGAAUUCCAGUGUACUCUGCUUACAUCUACCAGCCUGGAAAUGGCAAAAGAUAUGAGUCAUGGUUUAUUGAGCCUCAGCUGAUCAACCAAAAGUAUCGCAAGGAUAUGGAUGAAGAGGAUUCCAUUGUACGACAGUACAAGAUCAAUUCAACAGUAAUUGCCGAGAGUCAGGCUAUUGACAAAGACUACAGUGGUGCCCUGGACCGUGGUCACUUGUGUCCCAGUGGCCACCAAAGUGGCGAUGACAACAAGACGGCUACCUUCACCCUCACCAACAUAGUGCCCCAGUACAGCACACUCAACCAGGGUGCCUGGAGAAUCUACGAGGAAGAAACGAUGGCCCAGAAAACCCAGGGAUGUGACAUCACCUAUGUCAUCACGGGUGCUGUACCUGGGAAGAGCAGCAUCUCCAAUGGGAGGGUUAAUGUACCCAGCCACAUCUGGUCAGCUGCCUGCUGCCUGAAUAAGAAAAAGCCCAUAAAGGCUUGGGCGGCCAUGGCUGAGAACAUGAGAGACAGGAACCAUGUGAGGAACCUGGACCUGGUGGAGCUGACGCACAGGUUGGCCACUCUCUAUGGGAGGGGAGGGAUUACUCUGUUCAAGAAUUCCUGUACUGGGAAAGAAGCCUCACAUCCUUGA